UUUUUUGGCUGUAGUGCUUUGUGUGGUUUCGCGCAGCAUUCAAAUUCAAUUCACAGCUGAGUGUUCACGCGAACGGAUACAAAAAAAAAGUUUGCCGUCUCUUCUUGCCCAACAACAACAACAGCAAGUGUGUGUGUGUGUGUGUGCGGUAUCGGUUUGCACAGUUGAGUUGUCAAAGUUUUCGCAAUCAAACUAACACCGAUCAAGAUCGGAUCAAUCGGAUCAAUAAGUGAUCGUGCAAUGCACUGCAAACGCUUCUCCUUUGGGUCUUACUUGUGGUGUGCAUUACUUGUCUGUUGCUCGAACUUGACGGACGCAACGCUUAACAAUCGACCCUGUGAUAUACCAAAUGAGACUACCAAACAAAAUGGUAUUUGUAUACGUGUUAGCCAAUGUUCCGCCUAUUUACAAGUGCGAAAUGUCACCAAUUUGCCAGCCGAGAAGGUGAAUUUUCUGAAAAAAGUCCAAUGCGAUACAAUGGAAACUACAGCAACAGCUGCGGCUACGGCGACAACUGAGUCAACUACAACUGUCUCCAAUGAAUCAUAUGAAUCAUUGGUCUGUUGUCCGGCCAAUGGACAGGAUUAUCUUCAUCCAGUAAUACAGUUUUCGAAAUUUGAAUAUCGUCGCUUCUUGGAUGUAACAUCACGUUUCAAGCGUAAGAAACUCAAACGGCGCAUUCAAACGGUGGAGCCCAGUACGGGUUUCAAUCUAUUGAAUGAAUGUGGCAAACAGGUGACAAAUCGUAUUUAUGGCGGUGAGAUAGCCGAAUUAGAUGAAUAUCCCUGGCUGGCCUUGUUGGUUUACAAUUCAAAUGAUUAUGGCUGUAGUGGAGCUCUGAUUGAUGAUCGUCAUAUAUUAACUGCCGCACAUUGUGUUGAAGGUGAAGGUGUGCGAGAACGUCGCGGCUUAAAACAUGUACGUCUGGGCGAGUUUAAUGUGAAAACUGAACCGGAUUGCAUUGAAGAACCCAAUUACUUGAGUUGCGCCGAUGCCGCUUUGGAUAUAGCACACGAACGGAUUCAUGUGCAUCCUGAAUAUAAGGAGUAUUCGAAUUAUAAAUACAAUGAUAUUGCCAUUAUAAGGCUUAAGCAUCCUGUAUCCUUUACCCACUUCAUUAUGCCCAUUUGUCUGCCCAAUAAGACAUCGCAAAUGACACCUCUUGUCGAGGGGCAAAUGUUCUCGGUUUCCGGUUGGGGUCGCACCGAUUUGUUUAACAAAUAUUUCAUAAACAUACACAGUCCCAUUAAAUUGAAAUUACGUAUACCCUAUGUAUCGAACGAGAAUUGUACAAAGAUUUUGGAAAUGUUUGGCAUGCGUUUGGGCCCAAAGCAGUUGUGUGCCGGCGGUGAAUAUGCCAAAGAUACCUGUGCAGGUGACUCUGGUGGUCCGCUGAUGUAUUUUGAUCGUCAGCAUUCCCGUUGGGUGGCCUACGGUGUUGUUAGCUAUGGUUUUACGCAGUGUGGCAUGGCUGGUAAGCCAGCAGUUUAUACGAAUGUUGGUGAAUACAGAGAAUGGAUAAAUAGCAUUGUAGAGCAAAAUAUUUGACGUCAGUGUUUGGAUUUUGUUCCAUCUAACUGGAUGGAUGAAGAAGGAGGAGACGUCGAGAGGGAGGGAGUGGGAGUCCCAGUCGAUUUGACAAUUGGCGCCUAAUUUGAGAGAGGGGGCUUUGAUCUGUUUUGUAUCUCUAAAUAUUUGUACAUAUUUUUGCUAAUUAAUCUCUAACACUAACUCUUUGUUUAGGCUAUAUUUAAAAAAGCUGUGUGUGUGAUUGAGUGAAGUACCUGUGUGUGUCUGUGUGUGUGUUUAUGUUUGUUUGGCUGUGUGUUAAAUGGAAUGCAAGAAUGUGGUUCUAACUAAAGUCUGAAAAACAUGUUUCUAUUUAAUUAAACUAUUAAAAUAUUUA